CAGCUCUUGUGCUGUACUCGGAAGUGAAUAAGAAUGAAGAGAGAAGGGCUGUGAAAGAAGCUAAAGAUAGAUGAGGAGAUGGGUUGAGCGGCUUCAAACUCAUCUUACACCCGGAAUCAACUCUCCUGUCUGUACACUGUUCGUUUAGUGUAGUAAAAGCAGCAACGCUCGCCGGGGACGUUCUUCUGUCAGCAUGCCUGCUAAAGCAAAACAGCAUCGUUAAGGAAGAGAUUAAACAAAUAUAAAGAGUAUUAAACAUAAACAUUUAACGUUACAACAACGAGCGCCGUCUGUAACUCUCAGUGAGCAGCCUUUGAGGAGAAGAGACUCAUGCACUUUAUCAGGACUGAGUGUUCAGGGUUCAGAAUGCCACUGUGAUUUGGAAAUGUCUCUGAUCCUCUGCCAUGCUGAAGACCCCAUACUGUGUUGCAUUUGUAAAUAUGAGACUGUUGUUAAAUACAGUGCAUGCAUGUCUAAGUCUGCUGCCACCCUGAAGUUCAUGAUGGAUCUCUCCAUGACUGUCUUAAGAGUGUGGGAGUGAACCCUUGGGUAUUUGAGCACGAUGGAGGGAGACAUGGCUGUACAAUGGGAUACAAUAGAGCCGCCCGUUGCUUCUCUGGCCAGUCCAUGUUAUGGAAAUGACAGCCAUGUGAUAUCGUCGCAAGGACCUGAGUGUGAACAUGAGACGGUUGAUGAUUUUGAUUGUGAAUUCCCUGAUGAAGACUUUGAUUUGGACGUAGACGAGAUUGAAGAGCAAAAUACCAAAACUGAGGAUUUUAAUGAUGAUCAGCUGCAAGAUGGGAUUUCUGAGAAAGACAUGGAGAAAUGUGAAAGAGGAGGAAAAGUUGAAUUAGAGAAUGCGUUUAGAGACAAUGGAGAGACUAGAACUCGCAAUGCUGGAACUGGUAGGAAAGGAAAGUCCAGAAAGGGUGGAUCAGGGCAGGGGCCUUGCGAUCAAACCCCAUCAUGGACUUCUCCAUCCUUCAUGUCUCAUAAAUCCUUGCUUGCGUCCUCUGGGCCCAGCAGACACAAGCAGGUGAAGCGACGAAACCACCAUCUGCACAAUCACAGCCGCGUACGACAGAAGAACGGGAUCCAGCUGGUCAUGGUGUGUUGGGAUUUCCUGGCAGAUUUCGUCAGCCCCUGGUGCAUUUCCUGCAUCCAUAUGGUGGUGGAGCUCAUCAUCUCUUUGACCCACCGCUGUGGGGUUGCUGUUGAAUCAUCUGCACUUGCACUAUACCACUUUGGAACACACAUGCUUUACAAAGUGACAGAUAUUCCAGGCAUGACGCGAGAUUUGAGGCGACUCCUGGACUGGAGCUGGUGUUCAGGUGUGGCUUUAGUAGAGGGCAUUGGCAGGUCUGUGCGUUGGGCUCGACAUCCUCUUCUUUCCAGUUUGAGAUUUGUUUGUGCCACACUAAGCUCUGGCUCUCAGAUGAUGAGGUGUGUUGUGGGAAGGCUGGCAGGAGAGAGAGGCAGGAAAUGGUGGCUUGCCCUCCAGAGCAGCAGGGUUUGGAGGAAAGUGUCGGACCUGACCAUGAGGAUUCAUGGGUGUUUCUUUAAAAAAGGCGUCAUGAGUGAAAGCUCAAACCCAGAGUCUCCCGACAGGGGGGCAGACAGGUGGCAACCUGGCGAAGAACUGCAGAGACUGCUGGCACUAGCAAAGAUCCCUGAAGAGGAGCUGGACCCAUUUAAUGUUCUUGGAGUGGAUAUUCAUGCCACUGAAUCAGAGCUCAAGAGAGCUUACAGACAGCUGGCAGUACAGGUUCAUCCAGACAAAAACAAGCACCCAGGUGCUGGUGAGGCCUUUAAGGUGUUAAGAGCAGCGUGGGACAUUGUCAGUAACCCCGAGACUCGGCGAGAGUAUGAAUUGAAGCGUAUGGCAGCGACAGAGCUUUCAAAAUCCAUGAAUGAGUUCCUGACUAAACUGCAGGAUGACCUGAAAGAAGCCAUGAACACAAUGAUGUGCACUAAAUGUGAGGGCAAGCACAAGCGCUUCGAGAUGGACCGUGAGCCUGGUGAGGCCCGGUUCUGUGCUGAAUGUAGUAAGUGGCACAGCGCCGAGGAGGGAGACCUGUGGGCUGAAUCUAGUAUGCUGGGACUGCGCAUCACAUACUUCGCCUUCAUGGAUGGCAAAGUCUUUGACAUCACUGAGUGGGCAGGCUGUCAGCGAAUAAGUAUCUCUCCAGACAUGCAUCGCGUGCCAUAUCACAUCUCCUUUGGCUCGAAAGGUAGCAGCGGCACCAGCCGCCACAGAUCCCCCCCAGAUCACGCACCAGGUGGAGGCUCACCUGCAGACCUGCAGGACUUCUUCAACCGCUUCUUCCAGGGUGGAGCUCCCAGUGACAUGUCUGCUAACGGAGGAUUCUUCCCAACAGGAAACCCGCCUCAUCAUUCCUCGGGAGCAGCUGCAGGGACCUCAACAACGUUUUCAGGAUCUUCUCCACAAACAGGGUUCUUUAGUCCAGGGGCCCAACGGGGCGACCCCAGCGAACACUGGACUGACGGAGGAAAGCCCCCACGCCGACGCAAGAAAGUCCGCAAGCCAUUCCAGCGCUGAGAAAUGCAAUAUUAUACAGAGAUGGAGUACUGUCUGGUGCCAUGUUUUGACAUGAUAUUGGCCAACUAGUGCAACAAAACGAGGAUGGAAUCUUUCGACCUCUGUUGAGCAUUUAAGUGUUGGCGCUUUGAAGCUUCCUGAUACAGAAUGAAAUGGCAAGAUCAAAUUUCAUGGAGGAGCAAUCAAAGAAGGAUGCAAGAAGAAGAUCUUUGCUGUUUCAUGUUUGAAGUCCUUUUUCAUUUUUUUCUCUUUUUUUUUUUUGUCACAAAUUAACCUACAUUCAAGCAUCUCAAAUAACAUUCUUUGAAGAAACAGAAGGACUCAUGAGUCAUGAGUAGAUUUCCUGGUAUAUCUGAAGAAUAGUUGACCCAAUGUUAAAAAUUGUCACUAUUUAUUCACCUGCAUGUUGUUCCAAGCCUUUAUGCCUUAUUUUUGCUUUGAAUCUUCUCAGAGCUUUUUUUUCAGUAGAAGGUCAAGCUCCAGGACAAACAAAAAAUACCCAACAUUAUAACAUUAUAGACCAUGUGACUUAAGUAUGCUACAUUUUAAGUCUUCUAAAGACGUCAGUUAGCUUUGUGCGACAACAAAAUACCCGAAUUUAAGCUGUUCACUGAUUAUGUUCUUCUCCAGCAUAGCUAUUAAAUUUGGCCCAGGUUUGAUUUGAUGGUCAUGUGAUACAUGAUAACCAAUGGUGUUUAGUAUUAACAAGCUCAAACCUUUCGUAGUCCAUUUCUGAGUCUCAGUGGAGGGGAGCUUUAGUAGCAAAUAAAAGUUUCCUUUUGUUUUUGAGAUUGAUCGACCUGGUUACUAUGAACCACAUGAAGAUUCUUGCCCCCCAACCCCCUCCCAGAAAAAAAAAAAAAUAUUUGUUUGAGUAAAAAAAAAGAGAGUUUGAAAAGACAUGAGGCUAAUAGUGGAAUUUUUAUUUUUGGGUGAAGUUUUACUUUAAAGAUGUUUGGUUUUGUCAGGUUUGAAAUGGUGAAUCUGAUGGAAAAUGUUCACAGUGUGGCUGAAUGUUUUGUAAUGUAUGAACACAUAAGGAUUAAUGUGACCUCAGGGAUGACUUUCUCCUCAUCUGCUAUUAGUAAGAGAACAGAAAGAAGACGUAGCUGAAAUUUCCAGAUGCUCCUGGUGUUACCGUAUAGAGCUCAUGCAAUCCCGAGGAAUUGUUUUACCAGUUCCUCAAGCAGUUCAUAUUAAAACCAGAUUUAAUUUUGUUUCAUUGUUUAAAUCACUUGUUUAGGAGAGAAUUACUUUAAAUAUCUACAAAUAUUUUAUUGUAGAAAAAAAAAAAAAAAAAAACCUCAACAUGGGUUAAUAUUCCAGAGACUGAUCAUCAGCUACUCACUUAAUCUGAAUGAAGUUUUGGAUCAGAAGAUGAAAGAAUCGAGAGGGAUUUUCUGCUAACUGGAGCUCUUGGCUGAUUUGGUUUGUGUUUGUUUAUGUAGUGCAUCUCUGGAGCUGGAAGAGCCUCCAAUGUGCACUGUAUUUAGAAUAAGGGGGAAAAAAAGGAUACCAGUCAAAAUUUAAACGAGCUGAAGCACACAUGUAGCGGUGUGUGAAUCUUAAAUGUCUGAAUGGAUAUAUUUUGAAGUCUAAAAAGGGUUUGAUGUGAAAACCCCAGAGCCCCCCUUUAUGAGGAAGUCCUCUUGUCACUUUUGACCACUUUUUUAACACUCAGGAACCAUUUUAAAAGAGAGUUGCUUCCUUCAUCCACGGGAGCCAUCAUUCCAGGCCAACAGAACCUGCAAUGUCCAAACCUGACGUCUUUGGCUCAUGACAUCAUGGGCAGCGUUUUCUUUAUUUUACAGUAGACCCAAAAUACUUCACGACACAACUGCUUUCCCUCUGUACAGCUGAACAUAAAAGCGUACUAAUACAUACCUGUUCAUUUUCAUAUGUUCUCAACUUCUCAGAAAUGCUUUCAGGAACUUCCUGUUCAGUUUUACUUAAAAGUCCUGAUAAAGGAUCUUGUUUAACAACAGAAAUCCCCAGAAUAUUAAAGAGACUCCAGAAUUAUA